UAUUUUAUUUUGGGACCUUGUGUGCCUGCGUUGCUUGCGGAUCCACACCCUUAUUUUUUUUCCUCCUCCCUCACUAUUUAUUCUGCUCUCUUUCCUCUUCUCUUGCUUUCUUCCUUUUUACUCUUCUUUUCAUAAGCUACCUUCAUCUUGACUAACAUGAAGGAUGCUGCUUCUCCUCUGGCUCACGCUGGUGCAGAGGAAUGGAAAGAUCCCGAAGUUUUAACUCCUCUCAUAACUCAACACCCAAAUUGGUCCACUUCGUUUGCCGAAACGGUGGUAGACAGAGAAUCGUUACGAACCACCUACAUGAAGCCUACCAAAGGGUCAUGGUACUCCUCUUUGUUGAGGCUGUUUCGUCGAAAGCGUGGUCAAGCCGACAUUCGCAACCGUACCAUUCAGCUUUCCCCAACUAUCCAAUUUCCGCUCAUUGAUCCAGCCACUGACCGGCCGUUUGUAUCCAAUAGUAUCACGACCACUCGAUACAACUUAUUCGAUUUCCUACCCAAACAAUUGUACGCACAAUUUUCCAAAGUCGCCAAUCUGUAUUUUUUAUUUGUGGCCAUUAUACAGAUGGUUCCAGGUUGGAGUCCAACAGGCCAGUUCACAACAAUUCUCCCACUUGCUAUCUUCACGUCGAUUGCUAUGGCGCGUGAAGGAUACGAUGAUCUUAGACGAAAAAGAGCCGAUCAGACAGAGAAUAACGCCAAAGCACAAGUGUUACGAGUAUACCGAUCUCCCACUAGUGUAACCGCGGUAUGGCAGCAAGUGACAUGGAAAGAGGUGCACGUGGGAGAUUUCGUUAAAAUAGAGCAAAACGAUUGGAUUCCAGCGGAUUGCAUACUUCUGUACAGUCCAAAUGAAGAGGCUUGUGGCUAUGUCGAGACAGCGGCAUUGGAUGGCGAGACCAAUCUGAAAAAGCGCCACGCAGUCGUCACUGACAAUCAAUUUAGUACGCCUGAAUCACUUGCUCAACUAGAAGCCAUUAUCUCAACAGAACUUCCCAACGCUGACCUUAAUAAUUUCAAUGGUCAUAUGCAAAUAACAACCAACAACUCCAUCUGUCCUCUGACAAUGGAGAACCUCUUUCUGAGAGGAACUGUCCUACGCAACACUUCUUUUGUGCAUGGAGUCGUCGUGUUCACUGGUGAAGAGUCCAAAAUUAGAAUGAACCUCAGCCGCAAUGUUCCGACCAAAGCCCCCUCACUACAGCAUAUGGUCAAUCGAGUCGUCAUUGCUAUAUUCGCAUUUGUGAUCGCUCUGGCAAGUACUUGUGCCGCCUUGGCCUUCCACUGGCAAGCCGUCCAUCAAAGUACCGCUUGGUACCUUCUCGGCCAUGCCAGAGAUCAAGCCAGUGUGGUGUUUCAAUUUGUUAUUUUAUUCAACACCAUGAUACCAAUAUCUCUUUAUGUCACAAUGGAAAUGAUCAAGCUCGUGCAGGCAUGGCUCAUAUCAAAUGACGUAGACAUGUAUCACGAAGAAACCGAUACUCCACCUACAGCUCAUACCAGCACUAUUAACGAAGAGUUGGGCCAAGUCGAUUUUAUAUUUUCGGACAAGACCGGUACUUUGACCGAAAAUUUAAUGUUGUUCCGCAAGCUUAGCUGUGGUGGCUGGGCGUAUUUACACGAUGUAGACUUGAUCCCAAAGGAAGCGAAGGAAAUUGAAGCCAUUCAAACCAUUGCUCAGAAAGUCCAUCGAAGUGCCACCAAAGUGAGCCGAUCAAGCUUGUCCCAUAGUUUACGACGCAGUUUGCAGACAUCUGGGGAAGAACUCAUCGAAACCGACGAUCUGGAGGAAUCCAUGGUACUUACCGAACUUCAAGCGGCUCCCAGACUCAGAGUGUCCACUGAAAUUCCCAAGACGGCGGACAUGAUGGCAUCCAUCGCACGUAAUAGUCAUGGAAUGUUGCAACAACGCUUACAGUUCUUUUUACUCGCUAUUUCACUUUGUCAUACCGUCAUUCCACAAAUCGAUCACGAGACCGGUCAAGUGAAUUAUCAAGCCGCUUCCCCUGAUGAAUUUGCUCUGGUGAAUGCUGCAAAGCAAUUGGGUUAUGUUGUCGUUGAACGUACCAUGAGACAUGUAACUCUCAAGUCUCCACAAUCCGAUCAACCGAUUCGUUUCGACAUUCUCAACGUCCUCGAAUUUUCCAGCAAGCGCAAGCGCAUGUCGAUUAUUCUCAGGAUGCCAGACAAUCGUAUCGUUUUAUUCUGCAAAGGAGCGGAUUCUAUAGUGUUGGAAAGGUCUAUUCUUCCAGAACAACUUGUUUCACCUGUUUCGCCUGUCGAUUCUAAACAAUCGGCUUCACACCUUUAUACCUUUGAGCCCACCUCUGUCCAACACAAUGAGUACAACUUUCAUGAUGUGCCAGUCGAAGAAGAGCAUUGGGAGUACGCGCGCACCGUUCAUCAUAUUCAACAAUUUGCGACUGAAGGACUUCGAACACUUUUGUAUGCUCACCGAUUCAUGACCCAAAAAGAAUAUGAUGAUUGGAAUGUUGAAUACACUAAAGCAACCCUAGCCAUUGAUGGCAGGGAAACCAAGCUUGAAGAGGUAGGGGAAAAGAUAGAAAUCGGAUUGCGGAUCACCGGUGCUACGGCCAUAGAAGACAAGCUGCAGGAAGGAGUAGCAGAUUCCAUUGACCGCAUUCGCAGGGCCGGAAUGAGAAUGUGGAUGUUGACCGGCGACAAACGAGAAACCGCUAUCAACAUUGGUUACUCGUGUAGUUUGAUCAAAAACGAGUCUCGACUUAUUCAUCUCGAAGCUGGUCCUCAACUUGAAUCGGUUAUCAUGCAGGCUCUGGAUGAUAUACAGAAUGGUCGUGCUCCUGACGCUGUUCUUAUUAUUGAUGGUAUUGCACUUUCCACCAUUGAGAAUAACAAGCCUGUUUUGGCCAUGUUUUGCCAACUCGGUUGUCUUUGCCAAUCGGUCAUUUGCUGUCGGGUCAGUCCAAGUCAAAAGGCUUUGGUCGUCAAGGCUACGCGAGCCACUGCACCCAGAGCAGUGACUUUGGCCAUCGGCGAUGGUGCAAAUGAUUGUGCUAUGAUUCAAGAGGCUCAUGUUGGUAUCGGUAUUGCUGGCAAAGAAGGCAUGCAAGCGGCUCGUGCUUCCGAUUACUCCAUUGGUCAAUUCCGAUUCUUGUGUAAAUUACUACUUGUUCACGGUCAUUGGUCUUAUAUCCGAGUCUCCAAGUUUACCUUGGGAACGUUUCUCAAAUGCAUGACUUUUUACCUGACGCAAGGCAUUUUCCAACUUUGGACAGGUUUUUCAGGAACGUCGCUUUACGAAAGCUGGUCUCUAUCAUUUUACAACACGCUGUUUUCAUCUCUGCCGGUGAUGAUGAUUGGUGUCUUUGAAAAAGACUUGCGAGCUUCCACUCUCAUUGCUAAUCCUCAUCUCUACAAAAUGGGUCAGCGUAGAGGAGCAUUCAACUUUUAUAUCUUUGCAAAAUGGAUCAUGUCAGCUUGGUGGUAUGCUGCAUGUAUUGUUUUGAUCCCUCUCGCCAUCAACGGGUCUCUCUUCGUCACAAGCGGUUCGCGGCCGCAUAAUGGAGGUCCACAUGAAGCCGCUAUAGCUUCGGUUGCAUUAUUUGAUGGAUCGUAUCAAUUGUACACUUUAGGGCUCACAUUGUACGCUAUUACUGUUAUUGUUGUCACUCUCAAGGUAGCCUACAUUGAGUGUCACACCCAGACUAUCAUUUCGCACCUGGUCGCUUGGGCAGAGAUCGGAUGCUUUGUACUCUAUAAUCUCAUCUAUUCAUACGCCUAUCCCGUCAGCAAAUCUUACGAAUAUGCUGUCAAUGGAGAAUUUGUAAGGUUGCUCAAGACUCCUUUAUUCUGGCUUAUUGUCGUCUUCACCGUUACCGUCGCCAUCGGACCCAGCGUUGUCGGAAAGGCUCUCUCAAACUGGUUCUGGCCAAGCGAGGAAUUCAUCUAUCAAGAGUACGAAAAAGAUUCUCGCCUAGCUCAACUUUGGGAAGCUGAAACGCAACGACAAAUACUAGGCGUAGAGAAGAAGACUAUUAUCAACAACAAUGAAACACAACCAACUUCUACUACUCGAUCUGGUCGUUGGCAACUCCUCAGAUUCAGUCGAAAAUAUUAAUUCAUCCUCACCAUCCGCCUCCCUUU